GUCAGGCUGGACGGGGCUCUGAGCACUGAUGGAGCUGGGGGUGUCCCUGUGCACUGCAGGGAGUGGGAUCAGAUGGCCUUUAAAGGUCCCUUCCAACUCAAACAAUUCUGUGAUUCUGUGAAACACUUAACCUCAAGAGUGCAGGUAGCACAAUCAGUGGAGAAGGAACAUCCUGGUGGUUUGCUCCUGGUGAGGCCGGGAGCGAUGCAGCUGCCGUGCUUCUCUUUGAAGCAUCACGGUGACCCUGGUGUCCCAUGGUCAGCCUGGGCUUGUGGGGGCUCCCACGGGGGUUGGGUUUUGUGUGUUUGUUUUCCCCUCUUUAUCUACAAGUGUCUGAACAAGACUGGGCCGUGCUUUUGUCACACUAGGAGGUUCUGGGGCUCUGCGCUGGGAAGGAAAGGAGCAGCCAUGGUGCUGCAGCCACCUCUGCUGAGCAGGGCCCUGCGCUGCUGAGCAGAUCGGGGCUGAGGGGCUGGAGAGGGGCUCUGCUGUGGGACAGGCUCAUAGAUGGUUUGGGUUGGAAGGGACCUCACAGCCCCCAGCCCCACCCCUGCCGUGGGCUGGCUGCCCCCCAGCUCAGGCUGCCCAGGGCCCAUCCACAGCCUCGGGCACCUCCAGGGAUGGGCACCCACAGCUCUGGGCAGCAGUGCCAGUGUGGCACUGGGGUUUUCCUGCCCAUUGGGAACCCCCUGAGAGCUUAACCGUGGGAUAACAGCAGCGAGGAUUUAAGUAAGGGAUACAACAAGGAGAAUAACACAAGAGUGCGAAAGCAGCAAGCAGGAGAAAAGAUUUCUUGGCUGCACAGUAUUCAGCAACGCUGCAAAUCAACAUUGGCUGGGUGCAGACCUGAGAUGCUGGGAGGAAGCUCGGAGGUUCCCUCGUCACCAACUGCUUUGCUGCGUUCCUCGCAGGCAGCAGCGCUCUGGCUCGCAGCACGGCAUCGCUGCCAAUCACCAAGAGCUGCCGCCGCGCUGCUCCCAGACAGAAGUGGAGGGAGCUGCGGGGGGAUGCAGACAAAGCACGAAGGAGACAAUAGGGAUGGAGAUGUGAGCCGCUCCGCUAGCGGAGCCCUCCUGAGCCUCUGCGGCCGCGCUGAUGCUGCUUGGCGCAGGGCACCGGCCGCUCGUCCCCAAGGGAGGCUUUUACAGCAUUGAUUGGCUCUGCACAAAGCCCGGCUGCGAGCCGCUCCCCAGCAGCCACCCUUACCCACGUCCUCCUCCUCCUGGCCCUGAGAGCCCCCCGGCCGACCUCCCCUCGGAGCAAAUGCCACCCGUACCCAAUGAGGCAGAUCCCGAAGUGCCGCGAAUGGAUCCCAGGAUUCUCAUUUUCCUUCUCUACGUGAUGAUCCUCCACGAGCUGGUGAGCGGCUGGAUGGAGUACCAGAAGCAGAUCGCCAAGCCCAAGAAGCAGGCGGGGCCGGUCUGGUCCUCCAGCAGCACCAGCAGGCCCAGCCACUCCAGCUUCGCCAGGCCGCUGGUCCACUCGGUGCGCAGGGAGCGGUACCGGGACUGGAGGAAGCCGGGACGGAUCAUCCGGAAGGCGUGAGGACGGCCCCGAAGUGCCCGCACCCCGCGGCCUGCACGGAGCAGGGACGGCCCCGAGGUGCCCCAACCAGAAGCGGCCGCACCGGACAAGGCUUUGGGCGCCCAGCAGGCAAGCUGACUCUUCUGUCUUCCUCUUUGAGCAGACGGAGAGCAGAUUUCUUUGGGGAAGGAUGGAAUUCGCUCCUUGGUCAACCCUGAGAAGCCUUCAAAUGAGCCUCCAUUGCCUGGUGCGAGGGAAGGCGCUGGGGCCUGGUCCUCCUCAGGGCAUCCAGCACCGAAGGCGCUCGUGGCUCUGCUGGUCCCCGCUGACCUCACCCGUGGGGCUCUGUGCAGUGUUUCUGCUUUUUGUCACCGUUGCUCUGUGGUGGAAGAGGAGAAGUGCUGGGAACUGGUGCCAUUUGCUGCAAUGACCUUGUAAUUAGAUUUCUUUGCAGCCUUCCCGGCAGUGAAGCCAAAUGUAAAAGCGACUUUCUAAUAAGCAGAUAGAAGGGAAAGGAAUACACAUUGCUCUUUCGUUAGAGGCUGUGAUUUAGACGUAGAAUUAGAUUUCAGAGGCAGGAGCCAGCUCUCGUGUCCUGCACAGCAAUCGUGUGCAGAACGGGCACUGCAGGAUUCCGACACCGAGCUCCUGCAGCACGUGCUCAGGGCAGAGCUGGCUGCCUUGUUUGCUGAACGUCACGUCUGGCUCAAACACAGCCUGUUUUUCUCUCUGCCAACCGUUUACAAGCCUGACUCAGGCUUGGUGAUGCGUAAUGCAGAAGCAGAUAGGGAAGGGCCCUGGGGUGGGUUGGGCAUUCCUCAGCAAGAAGCGUCCACUGGUGCUGCCCCAGGGUGGGUAGCUCUGAGGCAGAACCUCAGCUCUUAGAGGGGACAGAGCUUUGUCCACGCAAGGUGGGGUUAGUGCUGUGUGUCCUGAGGCAGAAGCAGCCAGGGAGUCGCUUUCUGCUCAUUUCCAAGAACAAAGAUGCAGAGAUGUGCCGCAGCUCUGCGACACUGUGGCUGUUCCCUGAGGUGUCUGCUUCCUACCCCAAUAACACAGCCGCAUGCACAACGAACGGAGCAACAAGCAGCAAGAAGCUGUAGGGGGAGAAAUGUUGGGAAGCGUUUCUGGGUGGUGGGUGCUUUGCUUUGCCGGCGUUCAGGCCCCCCAGGGUUGCGGGGUGCCCCACUGCCCUCGAAGGCACUGGGAGCAGUCACUGUGCAGAGGUGCCUGCAUUCAUCCCAGGGCAGCGCAGUUCAUGGCUCCCAGCACCAGCAGGACAGACGGACCUGAAUGGAGCAGACUGAUGUCCGAACUGCUGUGCCCUGGCAAUGCUCUGCUGGUCACAUGCUGGAUUUAUCCCUGUGCGUAUCCUCCCAAUAAACUCCUUUUCAAACA